UAACCUCUUUCCUCCCCGCCUUAUGGUCCAGUCCAGAAGCCAGGUCACCAACAUUCCCUGGUUCCCAGCUCUGUGACAUCACAGCCUCCUUUCCUCUCUGCCAGCAACAAGUAAGUGAGGCUCAAAGGAAACAGACCUACCUGGUGAACUGGGCUCCAUUUCAACCUUGGUGAUUCCACUGCAGACAAAGCUGGCAGAGUAAAGCCUUCAUUUCCUCUCUAUGGCGGCCCACCAAACCCUGGCCUCAAAGAUCUUCAGUUUAUGCUGCUGGUACUGUGAGGAACCUGUUGUUGAGAGCUCCAAGGUUCCAAGCCAAGAGAGCCAGACACCAACCUACAAUUUGCUGAAGACUGAGAAGAAUGAAGUAUGUGAACCAAACCUCAAGCAAGCUACUGCACAGACCUUCAGUGGCCAAGAAAAGAACAUCUCCCUAACCGGCAGUGAUUUUGAAGAGCUGACUGCGUACAAUAUACAAACAGGAUACCCUAAAAAAAAUCUAAACCGCUACUACCAGGAACACUGGGCCGUACGACAACCGUGUCUCCUUGGGAGACCCUGAGGGUUCUAGUGGCAGUACCACACAGGCUCUGAGCUGCUCAGCUGCUGGAAGGUCUCCAGGAGGAUGAAGAAGGCAGUGGACAGGAGUCAUGAAGACCAAUUCAGAAACUCCGCCGCAAGGAGGGAAGAGGUCCGAGCCAUCCUGUGCCACCGGUAUGAGUCACCCCAGCUCCUGACAGCCAGGGAAGGGGGCUGCCUGCAAUUAAAGUCCUUGUUUGCAUCAGA